AUGAUCGCCAGUACCUUCGUCCUUUUCUGCGCUGCUGCAGCUGUCGGUGCCAUUCCGGCCCAGUCCUUGGAUGCCGAGAUUCUUCGGGCUCGUGCCGUAGUCACGUCCACUGAUGGCAUCUGCGGUGCCUUCAACGGUUCCGCCAGCUGUCUCGGCACUGGCUUCGGAAACUGCUGCUCCCAGUUUGGCUACUGUGGAACGUCUGAUCUCCACUGCGGUACUGGCUGCCAGACUGGCUUUGGAUCUUGCGGUACCCAGCCAGGUCCUCAAUACAAGGACCUAGGAUGCUUCGUUGAUAGCACCUCUGCCCGUGUCCUGCCCACUCUGAUCAGCCAUGCCGGAAACACCCCCACCAAGUGCAAAGCUGCUUGUGCUGAUGGUGGCUUUGCCUACGCUGGUCUUGAGUUUGGCAGCCAGUGCUGGUGUGGAUCAGCUCCUCAGCAGGACCUCGUCCAGUCCCAGAGCUGCAACAUUGCUUGUCCUGGUGACAGCACCUUGACAUGCGGUGGCAGCAAUGCCAUUGAGCUCUUCGCUACUGUCCCUACUUGGAUGAACCUUGGCUGCUAUUCUGACACUACUCUCUCCCGCACUCUCAGCAACUCUCUCAACAUCGCCGGUAACACCAACAAGAAGUGCCAAGAUGCCUGUGCUGCCGCCGGUUACAAGUAUGCUGGUACUGAGUUCGGAAACCAGUGCUUCUGUGGCAACACUAUCGACAACUCUGGUGCCCCUAUUGCCGCAAGCACCUGCAACAAGGCCUGCGCUGGAGAUUCUACUGCUACCUGUGGCGGACCCAAUGCUCUCAGCCUCUUCUAUCUCCUUUAA